AAGAUUUUAUUUUCAGACUAAAAAAUGGCAGAUUCAGAAAAGAACGGAGACAAUGUCGACGGCGCAGCGGCAAGGAAAGGGGGAAAAAAGAAGGAGAAGAAACCUAAAAUUGCUGAGGUUGUUCAGCCCGGUGUACCUGCCUUGACCCCGGAGCAGACUGAAAAUCUGAGAAAAGCAAUGGAGCUUCUCAAUAGUCAGAAGGGAAGUGGGGGCAGUAAAGACGACCAUAAGGAAUAUCAGUUUUGGUCUACUCAGCCUGUUCCCGGACUGCAUGAGGUGAUCACCUGUAACGAGGAGAUCAAUCCAGAUCCACAAAUUGAUCAGGUGAGAGCAGAACCUUAUUCUCUACCUCAAGGGUUUAAAUGGGACACUUUGAACCUUGAUGAUCCACUUGUUCUGAAGGAGGUGUAUGUCUUGCUGAACGAGAAUUAUGUUGAAGAUGAUGAUAAUAUGUUCAGAUUUGAUUACAGUCCUGAGUUUAUAAACUGGGCACUGCAACCUCCAGGCUGGGUCAAGGAUUGGCACUGCGGAGUCAGAGCAACAAAAUCAAACAAGAUGGUCGGUUUUAUCUCUGCUGUACCGGCCCACGUACGAAUGUAUCAAAAGGAUAAAAAGAUGGUUGAGAUAAACUUCCUGUGCGUGCAUAAGAAGUUGAGAUCGAAGCGACUAGCUCCUGUGCUUAUUCGUGAGAUCACAAGACGGGUUAAUCUUAAAGGUAUUUUCCAAGCAGUGUAUACUGCAGGGGUUGUUCUACCUAAACCUGUUGGAACCUGUAGGUACUGGCAUAGAUCUUUGAAUCCUAAGAAGUUGAUAGAGGUUAAAUUUAGUCAUCUCUCAAGGAAUAUGACAAUGCAGCGGCAUUUAAAGCUGUACAAACUUCCCGAGGAAACUAAGGUUGUAGGGCUGAGACUGUUUCAAGUUAAGGACGUAAAGGAUGUCACAGAGUUACUCAAUCAAUAUCUGGGCCGGUUCAACCUAGCUCCGAUCUUCUCCGAAUCAGAGGUUGAACAUUGGUUUAUGCCGAAGAACAACAUCAUAAACAGCUACGUAGUUGAAACUGAGGGUAAAAUAACCGACUUUUUAUCUUUCUACUGCCUUCCGUCAACAGUCAUGAACCAUCCAGUACAUCAGAAUAUUAAGGCGGCCUACUCCUUCUACAACGUGUCUACUCACACCCCUUGGCUGGACUUGAUGGGAGACGCCCUCAUACUCGCGAAGAAAGAUGAUUUUGAUGUUUUUAAUGCUCUUGAUCUCAUGAACAACAGUGAGUUCCUGGAGAAGCUAAAGUUUGGUAUUGGAGAUGGAAACCUUCAGUACUAUUUAUACAAUUGGAAAUGUCCAGAGAUGAAACCUGAAGAUAUUGGGCUGGUUCUUCAAUAACGCUCACUCUGCUUUCCUUCGCCACCCCCAUCACCCUUUCCGUUCCACCUUUGAGCCCCCCCCCCCCCCUCCACCUUUCUUCCUUCCUGCUCCACCUUCCAACCAUUUUCCCCGGCCGUCAUGCCACACCUUAUAACCAUGGGGCCUCGAAUUUCUUCUCUUCUGCUAGCCACGCCCCCUGCCUGAAGACUCGUGUAAUGUCCAUUUAUUAACCUCCCUCCCUUUCCUUUCUUUUCCAGUCUGAUAUUAGUAAUUGAUUGAUUAGAAAGAAAUCUAAUGAUGAGUACUAAAUGAUGUUUUAUUUGUGGGAUCUCUAUGUUUUCUUGUUGCUUGUGAUCCAACUCUGUAUAAUUGCACAAAUCCUUGAAGCUUAUCACUCUGUAUCAAAAUUUUGUGUAAUUUCCUUGAUGAUUUUUUACCAGAUGCGUCCUGAUCGAUUGUUAUUCUUUUCAGAA